AUGGCGAAGAAGCGAUCUGGAAAGGGAGUAUCAGCAGGCUCAAAAGCUUCUGCUGCUCCCGGGGCCAGGAUCAACAAGAUUGAUAAAUAUGAAGAUACUCUUGAACCUGGAAGUGUCGAUGAUUUCAUGCUCAAACGAGAUCAAAUUUCGUUCAAUCCUCAAGACGAGUCAGACGAUGAUGAUGUAAAUGCCAACGAAGGUGAAGAAGUACUAUCUCUGGACUUGCCCAAAAAAUCGCGCAAACAGCUUCAGCGAGAACAGGAAGAUGAAGAGGACGACAAUGAUGAGGAAGAGGUAGAGACAACUAAGAAGCAACGUAAAGAGAAGAAGAAGAAGCCUGAUUUAAAUGGGAAAGGUAGAUUUGGAAAACCAAUUGAAUCGUCCGACGAAGAUGAUGAUUCGGAAGGUAGCGGAAGCGGUAGUGACGAGGAUAGUGAGGAUGAGAAUUGGGGCAGACAGUAUUAUAGUAAACCUUCGAAUAGAAGGGAGAAGGAAGAUGGGAAAGUAGAUGAUGAGAAGAGAGAAGAGGAGAGGGAGAUGGAAGAAAGGGAAGUCAGGAGGUUGCAGAAGAAGGCUAGAGAGGCUUUGGAUGAUGAGGAUUUCGGCUUUGUACAACAUGACUUCACCGAACCUGCCGAGGUUGAAAAAAUAGCAGAAGCCGAACCUCAAAGUAAAACCAUCCCUGCUCCUCCCCAGACUAAGGACCCCGUAGCCUUACUCCGUCACCUUGAAGCUCAUGAGCCUGUCAAACUUGCUCUCGCAAGGGACUUCCCAUUGAUAGUGCAAAAGCUAGAAAAGACUUCUAGGGGAAUCAGGAAGAUGGAGGAGCAAAAAGGUGAUGGCGAGUUACAUAAGGGUUUAGGAUGGUUACAUUAUCAAACUCUCCUCACAUACGCUACUACCCUCGCAUUCUACAUUCACCUAUCUUCCUUACCACCCUCAGCGCGCGGCGAAGGCGAGAUUAACAUCAUUCCUCGAUUACUCCAGCUCAAAGAGGGUUUGGCGAUGUUGGAAGAUCUCGAUUUCGCUGCUGGAUCCGUAUCGGACGGGGCAUUCACCUUACACCCUCGAAUGGGAUUAGGUGACGAUGAGACUGACGAAGAGCUGAAAGAAGGCAAGAUGGAGUUACUCAAGAGAAUGCAAGGUCUCAACGGAGAAGAGGAUGAUGAGGAUGAGGAUGGAUGGGAAGAUGAGAUGGAUGAUGGGGAUGAUCUGUGGGGUAAAGAGGGAUUGGAAGAAGGUGAAUUGGAAGCAUUGCUUCAAGAUGCAGAGGAUGAUGAGGAAGCCAACGAACUGAGGGAGAUGAUCAAGUUGUCAGAAAAAGCCAAGAAGAAAGGAAAGAAGGCUAAGAAAGCUGCAAAGAUUGCUGAGGCAGAGGAUGAAUUUGAUCUGGAUUCGAUCGUGGUACCGAAGAAAGAUAAAACUAAGAAGAAAUCCAAAUCAAAGAAAGAAAAGGCUGAAAAUGAAGAGACCACUUCCAGACCCACUUUCGCACCUCUGGCCGAACCUGAAUUCUUUACUGGCAAUACCUCAUCAUCAUCAAGUAAAAAAUCACCAGUCUACGAUGAGCUGGACGUGUUGGGUGAUCCUACGUCAUUAGGAAAUGCAGAUUACGAAGAUAAACAGACACGAAAGAGGUCCUUGGCAUUCCAUACUUCCAAGAUCAACUCUACUCUAGCAAGGAGAGAACAAGGUCGACAGAAUAGGAUGGGAGGUGAUGAGGAUUUGCCAUAUAGGGAUAAGAGAAAAGCUAGAGAUGAUGCGUUGAAGAGAAGUCAAACGAAUCAGUCAAUGGGUGAAGACUUGGACCUUGAUGCGGAAGAUGAUGAUACCAGGAGAUCGAAAUCUAGCAAGAGAUCGAGGGAGGAUGAGGACGCUCAGGAAGAUGACGGAGAAGAGGAUUACUAUGAUUUGGUCAAGAGGCGAAGAAAGGAGGAGAAAGAUGCCAAGGAAGCUGAACAUGAAGCAUAUGAGGCCGAGAAACUCGCCGCGAUCGCAUCCCUUGACGAUCCAGCACACGAAGGGGGACCUCGAGCGCUCACUCGAGCCAUCGAGAAGAAUAGGGGUCUUACACCCCACCGAUCUAAGGGAGGUAGGAACCCUAGAGUCAAGAAGAGACAACAAUACGAGAAAGCCAAGAAGAAGGUUGCAUCUCAACGAAGUGUCUAUAAAGGUGGUCAAGGUGCUUAUGGUGGGGAGUAUAAGGGUGAAAAGACUGGUAUCUCGAAAGUCAUCAAGUCGAGGAAGUUCUAG